CGCCGCCGCGUCCGACGCCUCUGGGGGUGGGGACUUCGCGGGAGUCGCCGGCGGAGGCGAGGAGGAGCUUGGGGCGGCGCGGCGCGGCGGGCGAUCCGAGCUGGGACGGCUGCGGGCGGCGGAGGCGCAGAGGACGCGAGGCGGCGGGCGGGAGCCAUGGAGCACAGCGAGCAAGGUCUGCUGAGGACAGACCCAGUCCCUGAGGAAGGAGAAGAUGUUGCUGCCACGAUCAGUACUCCAGACAACCUAUCAGAAGAGGAGCGAGAAGAGCUGAGACGAGAACUGGCAAAGGUUGAAGAAGAAAUUCAGACUCUGUCUCAAGUGUUAGCAGCAAAAGAGAAGCACCUAGCAGAGAUCAAGCGGAAACUUGGAAUCAGUUCACUACAAGAAUUAAAACAGAAUAUUGCCAAAGGAUGGCAAGAUGUGACAGCAACAUCUGCAUACAAGAAGACAUCUGAAACAUUGUCUCAGGCUGGACAGAAGGCUUCCGCUGCCUUUUCAUCCGUUGGCUCCGUCAUCACCAAAAAGCUGGAAGACGUAAAAAACUCCCCAACCUUCAAAUCAUUUGAAGAAAAGGUUGAAAACUUAAAGUCUAAAGUAGGGGGAACCAAGCCUGCUGGUGGUGACUUUGGAGAAGUCUUGAAUUCGACUGCAAAUGCUAGUGCCACCACCACGGAGCCUCAUCCAGAACCAACACAAGAGAGCCUGUGAGACUCCUACCUUUGUUCUGCGUCCCACUGCCAGAUGCUGCAAGCGAGAUCCAAGCACAUCUUGUCAACAUUCGUUGCCACGAAUUUCUACCAGAUGUGCUUUUACUUAGCUUUACAUAUUCCUUUGACCAAAUAGCUUGUGGGUUAAACAAAAUGAAAAUAUCUCCACCUCUACUCCUGGGAAACACCCUCUAAUGUAUAUUUAAGGCCCUUUAUUUAGGAAACACCAUUAUAAAAACACUUGUAGUACCUGGGGACACUGAAUAGAAUGAUCUAAGAAGCUGCAGGUUGUAAUAGUCUCUUUCCUACUUUACAAAUUACUAUAGAUCUGGGAAAUCAGUUUGGUCUUUGUCUUCUAUAAGGUUUCUUUUUCUCUUCGAAACUGUAUAUUUGAUUCCUAAUUAAAAUUGUUCUUUUACAUUUUCUGAAUCGUAGUUAUUAAAAGUCUUGGUAUAUUUUCUUUAUCUCUAAGGGAAGAGCUACCAGCUACAAAAAAUAUUUUGAAAUAAACACUGUUUUGGUAUAAGGUACAUAUCUUGGGUGUCUGAAGACACCAGACGAGAAUAAAUAGUUCUACAUCCAAUUUGUUACGGUUGUGUGGCAGUAGGUACAGUAAUCAAACUUGUAGGUGGUAAGAGUUGGACUCCCCUCCAUCCUUACUUAUCUCCAUUUGUAACAGUAACCUUGUCAGUAUGUUGGUUAUUAUGCUACUCCUAUCAACUUAUUUUUUUUUAACCAGGUUAAAAUUCUAAUUUGAGUAAAUUGACAAAACAACAUUUCAACUUAAGCAUAUUGUCAGUAGGUUGAAAUAUGAGCACUCCUUUCAAUUCACACUGAAAGAUUUUUAGAUCUAGAUUGUUGUAAAAAUGUCAAAAUCAAUCACAUUAUGGGGAACAUUGCUGUCUUCAUUUAAUCUAUUUAGUACCAUGUAAGCACACAAAGUUACGUGACUAAUACAACUUGAGCAUUUUUUCAUACGAAGGAGUUGGUGAUAACGCCUAAGAAUGUAAUGCAUUAAUAAAAAUCAACUCAUCAUUUUUCUACUUAUUUGUUUUCAAUGUGUUAGAAACUCUUCUAAAAGGAUACUGUAGAUACUGCCCCCUAUUUGAGAACUGAGUGUUGGGGCUGAAUGAAUCAAAGCCUCUGGAUGAAUUUGCAUAGAGGUCAAGGUACUCAAUUAAUUCUAAUAAUUACUUACCACCACCACCUUUUCCUUAUGCUGUAUAUGUUUAUGCCCGAGAAUGUUGUAUUUGUUAUUUAUUAAGAUGUGAUUGUUUUAUUAUUUUUUAUGCCAAAUGUUAAUUGCCAAGCUUAGAGUGAUCUAAAGCAUUUUUUAAAAGCAUGGCUAGAUUUACUUCAGGAUAAAUUAUCGUAUGAAAACCAAAUUUGAAAAGCCACAAGUGUUGAUUGUUAUGGAAUAACAUGUUGCCAUUCUUGUUUGCUAGAGCUUUUGUUAGUAUUUUGAAUGCAGUUAAAGCUAUGCUUUAUUAUAUGUGAAAAGCUUAAUAAAUUCUGUAUAUCAGUAA